UUGGAUAAGUACAUGGUUGUUUCUUCCGUACGAAUGUUUCUUCUACUUCGUGGUGGCUUCGGACUCAUCAAACUUUGCACCCGUCAAUACAAUCCGCUGUUGAUCGAUUCCUUUCAUGAACAGAAAUUGAAUUAGGCAAAUGCCCAAACACGCACACGUACCCCACAGCCGCGUUCUUCCCACAUAGAAUCUUCAACGCCAUUCCUUUCUACUUUCUAUAUAUACACGCCGCACCACUUCCUCUCAUCACAAUUCACCAUCUUCUCUACUCUCCAUCAAAUCCUCUGUUACAAUUCACAACUCUUCAUCUUUCCCCUCAUAUAUAAUUCCUUCGCCACAUUCAAGCAUGGCCGAUAAGCAACCCCAGUUGAACGGUGCGUUUUACGGUCCCGCCAUUCCCCCAGCGGAGCAACCACGCUACCGCCACCACCACCAUCGCGGCCGAAGCUGUUGUUGCUGCCUCUUCGGAAUCUUCUGGAAGAUUCUGGUAGCACUCGUCGUCCUCGCUGGCCUCGCGAUUCUCAUCUUCUGGCUCGUUGUUCAACCCCGGUCAUUCAAGUUCUACGUCACUGAAGCCAACCUAAAGCAAUUCGAAUACUACAGCAACAACAACACCCUCCACUACGACAUGGUGCUAAACUUCACUGCCCGCAACCCCAACAAGAAGCUCAGCAUCUACUACGACAAAGUGGAGGCCGUGGCAUUCUACGAGGGUACGAGGUUCGCUAAUUAUGACGUCAUCACACACUUGAACUCCUUUCGACAGUACAAGAAGACCACGAGCCCCAUGAGCGCCGUUUUCACAGGCCCUAGAGUGGUCAUGCUCGACAAUGAUCAAGUCUCUAAGCUCAACCAAGACAAGAUAGAUGGAGUUUAUGAUAUUUAUGUGAGGCUAUACUUCAGGAUUAGGUACAGGCUCGGCGAUGUGAAAUCUGGCGACUACAAGCCCAAGGUUAAAUGUGACCUUAGGGUUCCCUUCACAUCUAACAAUACCGUAACUCUGUUUGUGCCCACCAAGUGCAAGGUCGAUUACUAGGGACUGCACAUUAUAUUCCAUGGAUUUGUUCUUUGGAAUUUUCUUUCUUUACCCAUUUUUUUAAUUCUAAUAAUUAAUCCUAUGUGAUAUUUAUCAUUAUUCGAUUCAUUCUUUGACUACAUGUUGUAAUAAUGGAUACUUUUCCCUGCAAUAAACUUACUUUU